AUGGCCGAGGAGCUGCUGCUCGAGCCCGGCUUCCUGUCCCAGACGCUCCGGUCGGCCCACGAGACGGCGGCGGAGGCCGAGGCCUGCGCCGACGAGGCGCGGGCGGCGGCGCUCCACGAGCGGGCCGCCCAGGGCUACGUCGCCGCCGCGCGGCGCGUCACCGACGGCGCGACGCGGCGCGCCGUGGCCUUAGUGGCGAAUUCGCACGCGCGGCGCGCGUGGGCCCUGCGGCGGUCGCGGGGCCAGCCGUCCCAGGAGCCCGACGGCGCGCGGCCGCCGCCCGAGGAGGACCGGCGGCCGCGCGCGGAGCCGCCGCCGGGCACGCUCUGCGUCGGCGACGUCCUCGCGCUCGAGCGGCGCCUGCACGCGCUCGGCGCGCGCGGCCGCGGCGCCGCGCCGGACGUGAGAGACGCGCCGCGGCCCGGCGACCGCGCGGCGCGCGUGCGGGGCGCCGCGGCGCAGCACGUCGCCGCCUGCCUCGGCGAGACCUGGGCCGAGGACGCGAUCGGCGUCGUCGCGCCGCCCGACUCGGACGACGACGCCGAGCGGCCGCGGCGGGCGGCGCAGACCCCGGCGUCCGAGGCGGCGGCCCUCGCGCGCGCCGUGGAGCGGCUCGCGGCGGCCAACGCGGCCCUGGUGGCCGAGCGCGACGACCUGCGGCGCGACAACGCGGAGUCGCGGGCCAUCAAGGCGGAGAUGGUCGCGUUCAAGGCGCUUUUCCAGCAAAAGUUCGACGCUUUGCGCGACCGCCUCGAGGCCUUCCGCCGCGACUACCCGUCGCCGGCGAACCCGGCGAACGCGACGCGGCCGGGCGACCCGGACCCGCCCAAGUCCGCCGUGGACCUCGAGGCGGAGAACCGCCAAUUGCGCGCGCGCCUCGGCGCGGAGCGCGACGCGGGCCGGAAGAAGGACGCGAUCAUCUCGCGCUACGAGCACUGGUACCGCGCGCUCAAGGCCAGCGCCAACAGCAAGCGGCGCCCGAGCCUCACGAAGGAGUCCGCCGCGCUCUAG